AAAAGCCUGAUUUGGAGGUUAAAUUUGGUGAAAGACAAUAAUCACAUAAAAGAAAGAGAUGUGGGAAUAUUUCAUCUUUGGAGGGAUUACCCUUCUGAUGACAGGUGUUCGCUGUGAGGUAACCGAGGUGUUUGUGAAGGCUGGUGACCUGGCUGUACUACCCUGUAAAUCCUUCCCUCCGUCCCCCUCUGCUGCCGCUGUUUACUGGGUUAAAGACAAAGGCGGCACCGUCUGGAGAAAGCAGAAGAGUGGGCUGCAGUACUGGGGAAGCACCUGGUCACAGGAUGGGACCCCGCGUGCACAGUGCCCCUACUCCGAAUUUGGAAGAGGCGACUACAGCCUGCACAUUACCAACGUGAGGGAAGAGGACGGGGGAAAUUACACCUGCAGGGUGUUGGAUGGAGGCAAUGUAGAUGAACAGAAGGUCACACUCAGAGUCGUCAAAAUGUCUGUGUCCCCACCGGUUCCCACACUGGGGAACGACGUCUCAAUCAGCUGUAACAUCACCCCUUGGCCACGGGGAGCCAUCCUGCUGUGGAGAUUGAAUGAGAGCCCGUUUGCGUCUCAGAAUGGCAUGAGGGCGGUCCCCAGACCAGGUAGAGACAUCACUGGAUAUGUGAUGAUGGGCAAGGCGACUGAGAGAAUAAGCGGAAACUGGACCUGUGAGGUACUUUACCGAGGACAGACACAAACGCUGGUGACAGUGCCGCUGUCUGUGAAAGGGAUCGUGCAGCCGUCCUCUGACAACACAAAGGUUUAUGCUGCAGUGGGCUCUGCAGUCACGCUCCCCUGUGUGUUCUCCCCCAGUUUAAUCCUCUCCGGCCCAACCUGGGAGAAGCUGAGCUCUGGAUCUCGUUCUCCCUCAACUCCCGACUUCCGUCCAGCCUCGUUCACUCCGUCCCCCUCAUCCUCUCAGCAGCCCUGGGACAGGUCUGUGUCUGUGGGGGAGGUGGGGGUUGACGAUGAGGGCACGUACAGAUGCUCCGGGACAGCAGGAGGAUACAAGCUGAGCAGAACUCUGCAGCUUGUUGUUGCCAGAAUUGAUAGCAAAAUCUCGUCCAAGAAGAAAGCCACCGUGACCCUGACCUGUCUCCUAUCUGAUGAGAGCGAGGUCACUGACUAUAAGUGGGUUCAUGUGACCCAUGACUUCAAUGGCAGCCAGUCAGAGAGGUCCGUCCAGACGGGGAAGGUGCUCAAGAUUGACAAGAUGGCAGAGGAAAAUUCGGGCGAAUGGGCAUGUCGUUUCUAUGGGGAAAAAGGCAUUUUGGGAAACGUGACAUACCACAUUCCACUGAUGAGUGGUCUGACUGGAGAAAGUGCAACAGGCAUCUCAAAUAAUACCGGCACAGUGAUCGGCCUCAGCUUUCUCCUCGUUGUGCUGCUGCUGAUUUUGGCUCAGAUGUACAAGAACCAUCAAAGGAGAAAAAGGAUCUUUCAGUACCCGGCGCUGGAGACCAUCGUUCAUACCAUCGCCAAUGAAAGAGAGGAGAGAGACAGGAACCGAGCCAAAAAUUAAGACGUCCUUAAGAGCCAUUGCAGCAAAAUUUCACAACACUGACUUUGUGCCUUGAACAGGCUGGGAGAUAUUUGCUUAUGCAGAGGUUUUGUAUAUAUUCACAGCAGACGUU